CACGUCAAUAAAACCAGCAAAUUAAUUCAGUCACCAGAUGUGUCAAUUGACGUACUGCAGGCAGAAGUCGGUGCUACAAUGAAGUUUUUGGAAGACUAUCGAAAUACAGGAUAUAACUCUGUGGUCACAAAUGCACGUGAAAUAGCAGAGCAUAUGGGUAUUGAGCAGGUGUUUCCAGAAACCAGGGUGCGACGUAAGAAGAGAAUGUUUGAUUACGAAUGUGCUGAUGAUUCGAGUCGUCUUUCUGCCGAAGAAAAAUUCAAAUCGCAGUUCUUUCUUGUUCUCACUGAUCAGGCCAUAUCUUCUGUUUCGUCGCGAUUUGACCAACUCGUGGAGUGGUAUAAGUUGUUUGGAUUUCUGUACAACGCUAACAGCCUGAAGCAGUGUCACAGAGAAAAUGAACUGGAGAAUCACAGCAAAAAUUUUGAAAGAAAAAUGGGAGACAUUGAUGCCAACGAACUCAUAAUGGAAUUGAAUCGUUUUAUUUAUGUCAUCGAGAAAGAGAGAGGACUUGUCACGGCAAACAAUUUUUUAACGUACAUAUACAAGAACAGCCUUCAGGAGAUAUAUCCGAAUCUUUGCAUUUGCAUCAGAAUUCUUCUGACCACACCAGUUACUGUCGCUGGUGCUGAAAGGAGCUUCAGCAGAAUGAAACUGAUCAAGAAUAUCCUGCGCUCAACCAUGACAGAUGACAGGCUUUCUGCGCUUGCAGUUAUCUCAAUCGAAAACAAGAUUGCCAGAUCUCUGGACUAUGACGCAUUGAUUAACCAAUUUGCGGAGAACAAGGCUCGAAAGAAGCGCUUUGCGUAAAUACAGAAUACAUGUACACUGUAGGCCUAUGUAUACAUAAUAUGAACCCUGUAUAUUGUAUAAAAU